GUUAAACGUGAGGCGGAAAUUCAAGUUGGUUGCUAUGGCAUCCAUCUGGUUCAAGUGGUUCAAAUGGUUGUGGACGGAAUAGAAGAAGCUUUCGCUUAACAGGCUUCCGUAUCUAGUAGCAGGGGAUCACCAAAUCCUCCAGGCAGGAACCUAGGUAUAUUAACAAUAAAAGAGGAAAAUAAAUUAGUAAAUCAUAGUGUGAUACUAUCCUUAGUCCUUAAGAAUAGAUCAAGUUGCAUCUUAAAGGACUCCUGGGAAGUUGCUUGGACUAACUCGGCCGGCAGCGUAUUCCAUCUUUUAAUAAGGACGUUGCGAAAUGUCUGAACUCUAACUGUGGCUAUUUUGUAAUGAAAUAUUCUGAUAGCUUAUUCGAGCGGUUACGUUAUGAGGGCCAAAGUUUAUUGAUGGGCCAUUUGAACCAUUUAAACUAAAAGUGUAGUAAUUCGAAAAAGGUUUUCAACAAUCCUAGUUCAAUAUGUUGGUUGUUUCUAUAACCUUUUGUCAGUCUAUUGCGUUUACUAGUGCUCAGAAGAAAGAAAUCUCCGACAGUCUAAUAGCAUAUUUUAUUCAAGCUUUGAAAUGUUGGGAAAUCAGAGAGACUUUCUAUCUCCUUCCACAUCUUAAUACUAUCUGGAUGUAGGAUUGUUUGUGAAUCUAAGGUGCAUCCUGGGUAUUGGAAGGAUGGAGCCUGGUGAUACUCCUCUUGACAGCCGGAAAAAAAUUAGACGAACUCUUAUGACUUGUAAUCUGAUAUGUAUCAGGUAAAAUGUUCUUGACAUACGUUCAUUCAUUCAACUUAUGAUGAGUUAUGCACAGCUUCUAACAGACCUAUAAGUCUUUAACACUACUCACUUUGCACUUAGCUAUAUUUCUUGAGAAACCGUCUGUUACGACUCCUAAAUUCUUACAAUCAAUAAUCUUGGAUAAAGGUGUUUCGUUUGUUGUAUUGUGAUGUAGAUUACUGUAAUGAAAAUUUAGGAGUACGAUACUACAUAUCAUUUACUACUAACGACGAUGGAUUUUUCCACUCAACUAGAGCAUCCAAGUUUCCCUGUAACUCUAUCUUACUUUUGCUGUUAUUUAUGCCCUACCAAAAAUAUAAUGUCAUCACUAAACCAUAGGGUGAAUGAUUUAGUAAGCCAGAUUCGUAAAACAAAUAUAAAUUAGAGAACGUAACCGUUAGUGGUGUAGCCGAACAUAGCGAAUUCCACAAACCACCUCCUAAUGCGUUUGCCAUAGUUAUGACGAUCAAGUUAGUGCAGAACUACUUGAAGGUUUCGACUUCAUUGAGUACAAUCGGGAUAGUUAAGUUUUAGGUACAGCUAUUACGGGUUGGCUUGGCGUUACUGUCAUACCACUUGCUGCUCCAAGUAUGUUAGGACAUACGAUUACAAAUUUAAACAGAGCGAUGCUUAAACAUGUUGCUAGCAAACUUCCUGAUAAAUCAAAAUGUGUUUACAGUUAAACACAUGAAAAGUUAUCCACCUAAAUUUUAAAGAUAAAGUCGCACGUAUAUUUGAAACAUAGUUCGAGUGCGAUGAAAUCAUUGAUUGGCAAGUGCAAGUAAAUUAACUCGAUACUAUAUUAUGCAUACGAAAUAGUCGUACAUCAAGAUCCAUUGAACUGAGGAAAAUUGAGUCACCAGAACCUAACAUUACAUCAGUUUUUAGAUUCGCUUAUUGCUACUACGAACUCCUCGAAGUAGGAACUCGUUAUGUCAAAAACCACUGGCUAGAAAUCUUAAAUGAUAUAGUUCGCAAUCUAUAACAAUAGCUCAGUUUAUAUUGGAUCUUUCAAGUCUUAAAGAUUGCACAUCUCGUUACACAAAUUCCCACAAGUAUAAUUACAAGCUCAAAGCAUUCUCGCUAUAUUAUCUGAGGCAUUAGUGGUGAGACAUCUUUCAUAUAACUUUUUGAACACUCAUAGUCUAGGAAAGUAUUCUUUUCAACAAAACAAAUCAAUUCACGAUCACUGUAAGUCGUAUGGACUUUUAUCAAAUGCAAAGUAAACAUAUGUAUCUUGCUAGUUAAUAUGACAGAUAUAAGUCUAUAAAAAACAGACGUACUAGAUCGUUAAUUUACAACUUAAUUUUACCCUCUUCAAUAAUUAGUACGUCGAAUUGUGUAUGUAUUUUAUUCAAGACCAGUGGUUGAAAAUUGGAUAAGUAUUAGUCAAACUGUCUGUUUCCCUUUUUUGUUCUAAAUUCUACGUAGUAUUGUCAUCAAAUGAUUCGAAAUCAAAUCAUUGAUCAAAUUUGCUUGUUAAUUAUUCAUAACCUCACACUUAUUUCGUCUCAUUGAAACAAAACUUUGAUUUUAGUAACAAAACGUUAGAACUGACCAGUUCUUUUUGUCAUUAAAAGAGAAAAAUGAUAAAGAGAGUGUUUAAAACCAUACUUUUAUAUGUAUUGAAAAUAACUUCAUAAAUCAUGAAUCAAAGUUUGUUAGAGAAAUUUGUACAUAACUAUGAGUUAAAAUUAAAAGAAGUGUAUAGAAACUGUGAUACAUAUCGCCUUACUGAGUAUAAUGCAGCAGUCAAAAUCCAAGCAUGGUUUCGUGGUAUUCGAAUACGGUGCUACUUAAAACUUCUCGAAAAAUGUACAAUCAUCAUUCAAAAAACUUGGAGAGGCUAUAUAGGCCGUAAACAAUAUCGGCUUAUAUUAUCUAAAACUGUUAUAGAAUAUCGACGAAAUAAAUUUAGUAAGGCUGCAGCAAAAAUUCAAAGUGCGUGGAAAGGUUAUUUAACCCGUAAAUAUAUAUUCAACUUUUAUUCACGUAAAGUUUAUCUAUCUGCACUAGUUGAUGUAGGAGAAUUUGUCAAAAAUCAAUUGUCUGAAUAUGAAAAAGAAAUGGAAUAUGUGGAACGUAAAGAAAAGCAAGAAAAAGAACGAGAUAGAAUAAUUAAUUGGGCGAAAUCACAUCAUUUUCUGGUUUCAACAUGUUGUCAACCAGGAAUAUAUCAAAAUCCAAUGGAUAAAACAAUAAAUGACAAAGAGAAGCUUCUAUUAUCAGUAGUUCGUCAAGAAUUAAUUAAAACUAACAAUAAACAAAAAAAGAAAUUAUCAACAGAACAAACAUUAUAUCAAAUAAAUUCAAUGAAUAAAGAAUUGCCAAAAAUCAAAGGUCCAUUUAGAAAUCCAGAAGAAGUGAAAAAAUGGAUAAAUAAACCAAUAAAUUUAUCAUUACGUGUAUCAACAGAUUAUUUUUCAUUAGAAAAAUCUCAACAAAUUUGGAAAUCUAAAGAAUGGAGUAAUAGAUUACAUGAUAAUAAUUUCUACACUGGUCAUCCACCAUCAAAACCAUAUGAACGUUCAUUAUGGACAACAUCUGUGUACGGUUCAAUACCAUAUGGUACAAAACAUUUUCGUGCGUCAGAAGAUGAAAAUAAUUCAGCAAUACAUAAACAACCAAAAUUUCGUAAUAUAUUACCACCGAUUCCAUUAUUUGACAAAUUUAAUAGAGAGUAUAUACCAGGUUAUGCAACAGGAUGAUUGUAUAAAAGUAUGUGUAACAGUAGUCUUGAUAUGAACUAAUCGAUUAAAGUUUCUUUUAAAAAAAUAAUAAAAUGAUUGAAAUUCUAAAUAUCUUUUUCAAUUCUUUAAUUAGAUCAUGUAAUCAAGGUGAUAUAGUUUUGAUGUACAAUUCACUAAAACUAUUUAAUGCCAGCGUAUUAUGUUAUGAUAGUCAAAAUAUUUUGAGAAUAGAGUUAGUUGUUCACCCCUACAUCUUAUGUUAUAUGUGAUUGAUGUGUGGGCAAGAAUGAUAAUGAUUGGUUGUCUGCUUAGUCAGAAAUGUAGAUAGUCCGACAGGUGUCAGAUGAGUUAUAUAUUCCCCUAUCCUUAUUAUUAAUUGUUCAUUGUUGUUGGAUUGUGUCGUGUUUUUGGUGUGGAAAUAUAUAUAUACGUUGUGGUCAGGCUGAUCACGUGUUUUUGAUCUGAGUUAUGUUGAAGUCUUGUAGAAUAGACACUAGGAGGGAAUCUAGUGUAGAUAUUCAUCUAAGGUAAAUUAAUGUCCCAUACAUGUAAACGUGGAAAACCAACCGUUAUAACUUUAAACUAAGCUAAACCGAGCGUUAUGACAGUGAUAAUUGGUUUAUUCUCUGCAGAUGCUAUGUUUUAUGAUUUGUAGAGAUUUUGUAGACCUAUGAUGCAAAAAAUAUUUAUAAAGACUAAAAAAACAGAUUUUAAUCCCCGAAAAGUUAUUCAUGUAGGUUAAGGCUAUCAGCUUACUGGCUUCUG